AUGGAGGCCCCCAAUUGGACCUCGUCACAGGAGUUUAUCUUCUCUGCUUUCCCUUCUUCCUGGGGAGAGUCUGUCAUCUGCUUUGUUCCACUGCUCUUCAUCUAUGUUUUCAUCGUUGUUGGAAACCUGGUCAUCAUCACAGUGGUCCAGCUGAAUACUCACCUCCACACUCCUAUGUACUUCUUCAUUAGUGUGCUUUCUUUUCUGGAGAUGUGGUAUACUACAGCCACCAUCCCAACGAUGCUCUCGACCCUGCUUAGUGAAAGGAGGAGCAUUUCCUUAAAUGGUUGCCUCCUGCAGAUGUAUUUCUUCCAUUCCACAGGCAUCAGUGAAGUAUGUCUAUUGACAGCUAUGGCCUUUGAUCGCUACCUGGCCAUCUGCAGCCCUCUUCAUUAUCCAACUAUCAUGAGUCCCAAGCUAUGUGCCCAACUGACUUUAAGUUGCUGUGUUUGUGGCUUUAUCACACCCCUCCCUGAGAUUGCCUGGAUCUCCACAUUGCCAUUUUGUGGCUCAAACCACCUUGAACACAUCUUCUGUGACUUCCUCCCAGUGCUGCGCCUGGCCUGCAUAGACACACAAGCCAUCGUCAUGAUUCAGAUAGUUGAUAUUGUGCAUGCAGUGGAGAUUGUCACAGCUGUGAUGCUCAUUGUCAUGUCCUACGUUGGUAUCGUGGCUGUGAUUCUACAUAUUCGUUCAGCUGAAGGCCGCCGUAAAGCAUUUUCCACAUGCGUCUCCCACCUCACUGUGUUUUUGCUCUUCUUUGGUAACGUGGCUCUCAUGUACCUACGCUUCUCUGCCACCUACUCCUUGUUCUGGGACACAGCCAUUGCUCUGGGCUUUGCAGUUUUGUCCCCUUUCUUCAACCCCAUUAUCUAUAGCCUGAGGAAUAAAGAGAUAAAAGAAGCUAUAAAAAAGCAUGUGGGUCAAGCUAAGAUCUUUUUUCAUUAG